AUGAGCUCAACCGACAAGAAAAAGGAUGACGCGAUAAAGAAGCCGGAUGUCGAGGCGGACAAGGACAAGGCCGAAGAGGUUGAUGGUGAGGAGUUGAGGUUCUCACCAGAAGAGGAACAAUAUCAAAACGCUCUAGACAAGUACGACGAUGCAAUCACCUCUUGUCCAAAGUAUCUAUACUACCCACGAGCUGUCGUAUACAGCAACAUUGCUGCCUGUCAUCUCAAGCUUGAGCAAUGGAAAGAUGCCAUCAAGGCCGCGUCGGAUGCCUUGAGUUCUCUGGAGAAGCUCGAGCAAAAGGAUCUGUUACUGAACCCAGAUGGGAAAAAGGAAGAGGAAGAGAAGAAGAAGGAGCAGGAUGAUGAUGUUGAAGAGGAGAUCGUCAGCUCUGGCGCCACACGAGCUGCUCCGGCCCCUGAUUCGACAGAUGAUGCUGUCAAGACUCUCAAGGCCAACAUCCAACGUAUCCGCAGCAAGUCUCUCAUGCGCCGGGCUCGCGCUCGAUCCGAGGCAGGUGGAUGGCAAAACUUGGCCGGUGCCGAGGAGGACUACAAGGCCCUCGCCGCCAAACCCGAGAGUCUCGCACCAGCCGACCUCCGCAUAGUCCGGACUCAACUACGACAACUACCACCACGCACCAAGGCCGCUCAGGAGAAAGAGAUGGGGGAAAUGUGGGGAAAGCUAAAGGAUCUAGGAAACGGCAUCCUGAAGCCGUUUGGACUGAGCACGGAAAACUUCAACAUGGUCAAAGACGAGAAGACGGGCGGGUACAGCAUGAAUUUCCAGCCCGGCGGGGGCUCCUCCGCGAAAUCCUAA